AUGGGGAGGCGCUACUACUGCGAUUACUGUGAGAAAUCAUUUGCUGAUAAUCCAACGAGUCGUAAGGUCCACCUGACUGGCAACGCUCACCUUCAGAACAGGAAAGCACAUUAUGAUGCCUUUAGGGAUGAAGAAGAAAUACUGCAGGAUGAUAAAACUAAAAAACCAUGUCGGGCAUUUCUAUCUACUGGUGACUGUAAGUUUGGAGACCGCUGUCAGUUUUCUCAUCUGAGCCAUGAGGACAGGAACAGGCUGGCUGAGAUUGUACGCAUGAAGCAGCUUGGAGCAGGGGAGACAAACACUGAAGACAAUGUUAAAAACUUACUCAUCGAGUGGGUAGACAAAAUGAGCAAAAAACUGAAAUUAGACAAUGUCGACAACAGCACAGUGGCUGUACCAGAAUACACACUGGCUAGUUGCUUGAUGGCCUUCCCCAGUCUACCCCCUUCUCUCUUGCCUCCGUCCAAGGAAGAAAUUUUAAAGUGUGAUUAUGUGUCAUGGGGAUGACUGGAGUGAUUUACAUAUAUAUGUGACUGUGUGUAAGUUUAUGUAAGACUGGAAUGACAGGGAUUGUCUUAGCACAAUAUUUUAAUGACAUCUAAGGGAUGUG